AUGACUACGCUAAGAUCAGGACAUAUCAUUAAGCUAAUGCCUGUUGACAUCGAAACCUAUAAAACAAUAAGAGACAAUCUAAUUAAAAAUAACAUCAACCACUACACUUACAAACUUAAGAGUGAAAAGACGUACAGAGUAGUGAUAAGAGGCUUACAUGCGUCAGAAAAUAUUGACAUGAUUAAAGAAGAGCUGCAAGCCAAAGGGCAUGCCGUACGUCAAAUAGUCAACGUAUUGCAUAGAACAACAAAAGAAAAACUACCCCUCUACUUUGUAGAUUUAGAGCCACAAGCCAACAAUAAGGAUAUUUUCAGUAUAAAAUACAUCAACCAUGUCAAAGUUACAAUCGAAGCACCUUACAAGAAAAAAGAAGUAUUGCAAUGUAAGAGAUGUCAAAGAUUUGGGCACUGUAAAAAUCAAUGCUUUAGACCUUUUCGAUGUGUCAAAUGCGGAAAUGAUCACCCAACAAGCGCAUGUACCAAAACUCCUGAGUCAGAAGCAGUGUGCGCUAAUUGUCAAGGCAAACACCCGGCGAGCUACAAAGGUUGCAUUAAAUAUAAGCAGUAA